AUGGGUCGUGUUAAAUUGGAGAUUAAGAGAAUAGAAAACAACACAAAUAGGCAAGUUACGUUCUCAAAGCGUAGAAAUGGACUCAUCAAGAAGGCUUAUGAACUUUCUAUCCUUUGUGAUAUUGAUAUUGCUCUCAUCAUGUUCUCCCCUUCUGGUCGUCUCAGUCACUUUUCUGGGAAAAAAAGGAUUGAGGAUGUGUUUUCUCGUUUUGUUAAUCUCCCCGAUCAAGAAAGAGAACAUGCUUUGAAUUUUCCUGACCAACGCAGACACCCUGAUAUUCAAAACAAAGAUUAUCUGCUAAGGGCUCUGCAGGAAUUAAGGAGUGAAAAUGACAUUGCUCUUCAACUAGCCAAUCCUGCGGCCAUCAACAAUGACAUUGAGGAACUCCAACAUGAGGUUGGCAGGUUGCAACACCAACUUCAAAUGGCUGAGGACCAGAUAAGGACAUAUGAACCUGACCCUUUAAGGCUAACAUCUAUGAAAGAUAUAGAAUCCUGUGAGAAAAAUCUUGUUGAUACUUUGACACGAGUAGUGCAAAGAAAGGAUUAUCUAUUGAGUAACCAUCUAUCUUCUUACGACCCAUCUAGCAUGCAGCAAUGUCAACAAGCAAUGCCAACCUCUUUUGAGAAUGAAGUUGUUGGCUGGCUGCCUGAUGGCGACCAUAACCAAACCCAAAUGUUCGAUGCAUCAGCCUCUCUAAAUCAACUCAGGGAUUUAUCAACUGCAACAUAUGAGCCAUUGUUGGCAGGAACCAGCUCGAACACAGGUCCACAUGGCAUGGGAGAAUGCCAAAUGACAAAUCCGGGUGGCGAAAAUUAUCCGACAUGGCAUCAGGCUUAUGUGCCAACAGGGCUCGGUUCCUCUUCCAUGUCAUCUACCUUAUACCCUCACAUUCAGCAGCAUGGGUUGAUGGGUACAGAGGCAACAGAGAUUAUGCAAGGUGAGCAGGUUGAUAUCCCAAUCAAUAGCCACAAUAUACAAUCGGACAAUGAACAAAAUCCCACAAGUUGA